AUGCAUAUCCAGAAAGUCAUACUAUCACCCCCUAGUUUGGAGGAACUUGCUGAGCGUUUGCAAGCCCCCCUUGCUACCAAUUACCACCAAUCGUCAGUUACUGUCGAGACAUGCCCCGAUCUUCGGCAAGCGCCAUUUAACCUGGCCUCAAAAGGUCUUUGUGGGGAUGAAAAGAUCGCAGACAUCGGGGGCCAGCCAAACCUAUUCCCUCGCCCAAGACUGGACAGAAUAUGGAAUAUGCAUGAAAUUGGGAAUGCCAUCGAAAUGAGUCCCGAGAAAGGCAGUUUGAUCGGUGCUGGCGCAGGCCCGUUUCAUAUCAUUGGCCAAAAUAGCGAGCUUGCACCAAACCUUGGGUGGGAGAAAGGGCUAGACCAGAUUCUCAAUCAAACACGGAUCAUCAAAAUCAUCAGCCAAACUGGUGCUGUCUGCGUUGAGAAAAGCCCGUCUCUAGACUGUGGACUGAUGGCAAACCUUUAUGGUUCCGAGGGCAACCCUGGCCAGGUUCUCAAAAUAACUGCGCGGGGACGUAGGGGGGACGAAAAGAGCUUCACAGAAUGCAUCCGUAAAGGCAUUAUUGCUGCAUAUGGCGAUGACCGAGCAAUAAGUCUUGGCGGAGCAUUCGUGGUCAAAUCAGGAAAGGCAGUGUAUCAUGUUAUGCCCGAUUUUCCUCCGCAAAAUGAGCUUCCUUUCAAAGAUCGUAAGCAGGUUGAUGACUGGCUGACUUGGCAUAACUUUGAUGCACCCGUUGUUUGCUUGUCAGUCUUUCACUCUGCAGAUCCCGGCAAAAUGGGACUACGAAUGGAACAUACGCAUGCAUUUUCUGCAGCGGGGAAGGAUGCUGGAGGACACUAUCAUUAUGAAGCGAACGGGUCAGAAGACACCAUUGAAUAUGAAGGGUACUUUAACACUGCAAAGGCUUUGUACAGGGUAGAUAACCCGUCAAUAAUUCAAACUUAA